CAACACGAUGAACGCUCCCGACCGGUUAGUGGAACUCUCUCUCUAUACCCUCUCACUUGCCAGCAGACCAAGAUGGCGCUUUCGCUCGUUGAAACGUGCCGAUGGAGGCGAUUAUCCCGUUUCGUCCCUGAAAGAUUUUCUGCGGCGGGCUGUCAAACGGCGCUCCUUUUGGACGGCACGAUCCAAGUGGGCGUGCAGGCAGGAGGGAACUGGGCUCUACUCGGGCGCGCAAGGAGAGAUAUGACAGCGGCGGCAAGGGGGAGAGGAGACAGCUGCUUCAUUGCACCACGCAUAUGGCAGCGCGACCAUGCGAGGCUGAGAGGCAACGCGGUCUCAAACGGCUGCCGUGCAGGUCCCCAGGUGCGCAGGCCAGACUGGUGCCAUGCCAGAGGUGAACCUGGGCAGCUAGUACGGAGGGCCUUGAAGUUUCCUGGCAUCGCACACACCCACCCACCCAUCCACCCUGGAACUCAACACUCAACAUCACAUUGUCACUACCAAAGUCUUUGGAUUUCUCUCACAAGUCCUGCACCAACCCUUGUAUCACCAACUUGGCAUCAAACCCCCCGUUCGACCGAAAUGGCUGGAAGAAACCCCAAGCACAACAACGUCCAGGAGGAUUUCGAGCUGUUCCUGCUCGGUGAGGGCGAGAAGAAGAUCACCGAGGCCCCCUUCCCUCGCAUGUCCAACUGCUCCGACUUCACCCUGAAGAAGGAGGACCACACCCUCGGAAACCUCGUCUCCGAGCACCUCAAGAAGCACCCCAACGUCCUCAUGGCCGGAUACAAGAUCGCCCACCCUAAUGUGCCUGAGCUCUUUAUCCGCGUCCAGACCGACGGCCAGAUCACCCCCAAGGAGGCCAUGGUCGAGGUGUGCAAGAACCUCAUCGCCGACUUUGCCCAGCUCGGCCGCGAGUUCACCCGCGAGUAUGAGCUCCGCCGCAUGGCCGCCGCCGGCCCUUCGACCAACGGCGGUGGUGGCGGUGGAGAUGGCAUGAACGGUCACGGUUACUAG